CUUUAACAUUAUUUUCUUCACUCUCUCUCUCUCUGCACGCAUUUUCUCUCUCUACAUUCGCAGAUCUCUUCUCUCUGGUUUUAGAUUGCUGACGGGAUCUGUGUGAGAGAGCGCCGGUUCUCUUUGGCCUUCGGCCAUUUUCCCCUAUCCGAUGCUGAUGAUUGCGACCGCGCUCCCUUCGGUAUCUGUUCUCGGAUUAUAGACAUGCUUAUAAUGCAUUGGGGAAGAAAUUCUAUAGAGUAUUGCCAAUUUGUGGGUAUUGGAGUAUGCAGAUUUUCCUUUUCGUCUAACAACCAUGGAAAGUGAUAGAACGAGCGCCACACCUACAGAUGGCGUCAGCAAUAGUUUACAAAGAGUUCGACAUCUGCACGGGAGAACAAGUGGGCCUACAAGACGUUCAACAAAGGGUCAAUGGACACCUGAAGAGGAUGAAAUUUUGCGCAAGGCUGUUCAACGAUUUAAAGGAAAAAACUGGAAAAAGAUAGCGGAAUGUUUCAAAGACAGAACAGAUGUGCAGUGUUUACACAGGUGGCAGAAAGUUCUCAACCCAGAACUUGUCAAAGGUCCCUGGUCUAAAGAGGAGGAUGAAAUAAUAAUUGAAUUAGUUAACAAAUAUGGCCCAAAGAAGUGGUCCACCAUUGCACAACAUUUACCGGGGCGGAUAGGAAAGCAAUGUCGUGAAAGGUGGCACAACCAUCUUAAUCCUUCAAUAAACAAAGAAGCUUGGACACAAGAAGAGGAAUUAGCUCUCAUUCGUGCUCAUCAAAUUUAUGGAAACAAAUGGGCAGAGUUGACGAAGUUUUUGCCUGGAAGGACAGACAAUGCAAUUAAAAAUCACUGGAAUAGCUCAGUGAAAAAGAAAUUGGAUUCAUAUUUGGCAUCAGGUUUGCUUUCACAAUUCCCAGCUUUACCUAAUAUCAACAGUUCCAACCAGAUAUUGCCUACCACUUCUUCAAAGUUCCAGCAAAGCAGUGAAGAUAGAAGUGUUUGCAGAGAGGGAAAGGAAGUGGAUGAAGUUUCAGAAUGCAGUCAAGGUUCAGCUCUGGUUGGCUGUUCUCAAUCUACAAGUGAUAUGGGCAACACAUUUGUACAUACAAGAGAAGAGAGGGGUGUAAAGGAUGAAUCAAGUCAUGAGAAGGAUCCAAGCCUCAGUUCAGCAACUUGUUCCAAAAAUUUUAAUACAUUUCACGAAGUUGCUUGUUCUAUGCCAGAAAUACCUAAUGAUUUGAAUGAUACAUCCCAAUUCAUUGAGCAAACUAUUGCGCAUGAAAUUGGAGCUUCCAUAACAAGAGAUGGCCACCUCAAUCCAGAUGAUAUACCCAAUAUGUCUGCUCUGGAUUUGAUGCAGGUUCAAGCAGGAUUCUUCAUGCAAUUUUUAAAUAGCUGUGACAGUCAUGGAGUCCCCCCACUGCAAACUGCUAUGGAUUUGGGUACUAUUAGUCACAUGGGAAGUAUAGCUGUGGGUUCAGGUAAUCAGGAUGAUAUGUUUAACUUGGAGGAUGGCCAUUGUGGGAUUAUAUACACUGGACCAGAAAAUCACCAAUGCUUUCCCUCCGGCAAUGGUAUUAGGGGUGUUGAGGAAUCUGCAGAUUCAGUGAUUUUGCAACCAUCAAACUAUCAGAUCCCUGAAGCUGGCAUGUUGGCUCCUCAAUCUUGCAAUGCUAUAAGUUCAGACAAUUCUGGGCCUUCCUCCUAUCAAGCCUUUUCUGUUCCCAUUAUGUUUGGUGUUGAUUCAGACCAACUCAUUAAUCCCAUUGAAAAUCCAAGGCAGGAGAUCAUUACAUGUGGUGAUUUUGUAUACGCAAGUGAGCCUGGUAGUUCUACUUGUGGUAAUGGAAUGGAUGGUCAAGGAGUUUCUACUUGUAACAGAAUGGAUGGUCUAGGCCUGAAAGACCAAAUUGAUCAGUACAUUCAGGAAAAUGAAUCUGUUAAACUAGUGCCUGUGAAUGAUUUUGGGCCAGUUCAACCAGAUAGUGUUCAAACAUGUUCUGUCAAUGAACAAAACAUUGUGAAAGAUGAAAAAAGGGAUCCAGGAACAUUGUGCUAUGAACCUCCUCGAUUUCCAAGCUUGGAUGUUCCAUUCUUUAGCUGUGAUCUUAUACAAUCUGGUACAGAUAUGCAGCAAGAGUACAGUCCCCUUGGUAUCCGCCAGUUGAUGAUGUCUUCUAUGAACUGUCUUACUCCAUUUAGAUUGUGGGAUUCGCCAUCUAGAGACAGUAGUCCAGAUGCUGUCCUGAAAAGUGCUGCCAAAACUUUCACUUGUACACCUUCUAUAUUGAAGAAACGGCAUCGUGAUUUGGUCUCACCUUUGUCAGAAAAGAGAAGUGAAAAGAAGCUUGAAAGUGAUAACAAGCACGAGUUCUCUGAUUUGGCAAGGAACUUCUCUCGAUUGGAGGUCAUAGUUGAUGAUGCUGGAAAUGAGAAAGCAACAAGGUCAUCUCCAUUGCCAAACCAAGAAUUUAUAUCUGAAGCAUCCAUUGAAGACAAAGAAAAUCUUAAUCCUGAAUUUGAAGGCACCACAAAGGAAGGCAUGGAAGGUACACGGUUUUCAGGAAGAAGAGAUUUGGGGAGAGAGAGUAAUAAAGGUGGUGCAGAUGACGCCAUACAUGUGAAACGGACAGUUGGUGUUCUAGUUGAACGUGGAAAAGAUGACCCCUUGUUCUUUUCUCCUGAUCGUUUCGGAUCUAAGAGUGAUAGAGCAGUGACUCAAACAACUAAAGCUCUUGGAAACUCAUGUUUGAACAGAUUGGAAACAGCACCGAACCAAGGGACUGUUUCAUCUUCAUCUGAGGCCCCGUGUUUAUCUGUUUGCUCUCCUCGUAUAUGUGCAAUAAAAGAGGGAAAUAACUUAGUUGUAGCAACAUCUGUACAAUCUGUUCCUGCAUCAGAGAAUGCAGGUGAAGGUUCUGGAAAUGGAGUUGGUCUUGACAAUAACAUAAGCAUAUUUGGGGAGACUCCUUUCAGAAGAAGCAUGGAAUCUCCAUCAGCGUGGAAAUCUCCCUGGUUCAUCAAUUCUUUUCUGUCCAGCCCGAGAGUCGACACAGAAAUCACAUUGGAGGAUUUUGGUUUCCUUUUCAGCCCAGGUGACAGAAGCUAUGACGCUAUUGGGUUAAUGAAGCAACUAAGCGAGCAGACUGCAGCUACAUUUGCAGAUGCCCAGGAGGUCUUGGGAGGCGAAACCCCUGAAAGUAUACUCAGGGGAAGAUGUUCCAAAAACCUGAAAGCUGAUGAAAAUACAUCCCAGUUCACCUCAAAUGUUUUGACUGAGCGGCGCAUGCUAGAUUUCAGUGAAUGCGGGACGCCAGGUAAAAAAGCAGAAAGCGGGAAAUUCCCUGGUGGUAGCAGCAGUUCAAUUUCAAGCCCAUCAUCCUACUUGUUGAAAGAAUGCAGGUAGCUAGAAGGACCCUCUGCUGUAACAUAUGUGCGUUAGUAUAAAAGAUUCAGUAUACUUGUGAGUAUGUAGCCGCAUGAAGUUCAUUUAUCGACUGGCUGUCAAUUGUCAAACCUCAAGAAUAUGGAUUUGAUUAUAAUUCAUUAUCUAAAGACAACUUUUGCUUCCUGUAA